AUGUCUGCUCCUUACGAUCCCAACCAAGGUUACGGCCCCCCUCAGGGAUAUGGUCCUCCUCCUCCUCAGGGUUAUGGUCCUCCUCAACCCCCCUACCAACAGCCUAUGCAGUACCAGCAAGCACCACCACAACAAGAAGAGAAGAGCCACGGCUGUCUAUACACAUGGUAA